AUGUUUGGAAUUAAAGGCGCCGCCUGCGAUGAAUAUUUCUCCCAAGCUUUCGAAGAAGUGGUCAAAGCUGUCUUUAGAGAGAUUGUGUUUAGGGGGAUAGAAAUUUUUGAGAAUAGGUGUAUUGACUUCAGUGAUUAUAAAAAUUUAUCCAGAUUUGAAUUAAUAGAACUAUAUAAACGGGUGGCUUUACCACUGCCUCAGAGACAAUCUGAGAGCAUUCAAAAUUCAGAUAAAAAACAACAUAAUGAAGGAACUAAUCAUGUUGACGAAUUACAUAGAGAUUCUAUCUUAAUGAAUGGUACAAGUACAAAAACAGAUAUAAAUGGAACAACAAAAAUAGCAGAGUCUUUUUAUGUUAGAUCAAAAUCCCCUGCGAAUGAACUUAAACAAACGUCAAAAAAAAUAUGUUUAGAUAAUUCAAAUAAUUUUACACAAUCUAAUGGUAUUGACAAACGUAUUAAUGACGAAAAGCACGAUGAUGCUCCAUCAAGGAAGAGACAAAAGAUUACAUGGCCAUAAUAUUAUAGCAUAUUAAGUGUACAUGGUAUAUAAAAGCUAUUUUUUUGAAACUGAAUGUUUAUUUAUGACGUUACCCGUUAAAGUGGGAUGUGUAGAUUUCUAUGAAAUUUAUACUAAAUAACAUUGUCAAUAAGAAUUUUUAAGGUAAAUUUACAACAUGUGAAUUAA